AGACAUAAGUUUUUGGUUUAAAUAUCCAGACCUAUUUUCUACCUCUAUUUAUUUAUCGGUCUCUCUCGCCACCACCGAUCAUGGCCACCGCCCUCGAAAUCAACGUCAUCCUCCGCUUGUUUUGAUCUCUCUCUCUCCAAGAUGCAUGCGUUGCUUAAUUGCGGGAUUUGGGGAAGUUCCAAUUCGAUGAUUUUUUAAGUGAUAUCGAUUGAUUUUAGAAGAAUCGAUAGGAUCUCUCAUCCAUGGAUCGGAAACGUAAAGAUUGAUUUUUUACCCAUUUUGCUAAGCGACGUUUGUGGAAAUUCAGAAACUCUGCUUGAUCUGUGCAGAAAAGAGCAAACUUUUUAUUAUUAUUUUUUUGGUGCUUUGAGCUCUCAUGUCGAGCAGUGUUCAAGGAGAGACAAUGGAUCUUGAUCUGAAUCAAGAGCCAUCUUCUGAUUCCGAGUCACCGACCGGUUUGAUAACAGAGAUUCCCCCAUGGUUAAACGAGCUCGAAACUGCUCACGAGCGGAUCGAAGAACGCAUAAGACAGCUCGAAGCAAUAAUUUCAGGAAUCAGGGAACGAGAAACACCACCAGCACCAGCACCAGCACCACCUUCGGUGCCGCCUAACGAACAUAGAGAUUCCACCGCAGGAGUGAUACAUGAGCGUUCUAGAGAGAGACUUGUAGAAAACGGCGAGAACAAGACGUAUUUGAUAGCAAAGGCGUUGAACAUGGAGAAAACAAGCUCUGUUCCUGGUGGAUACUUUGAUUGCAACAUUUGUUUAGAGAAAGCAGAAGAUCCGAUUUUGACUUGCUGUGGUCAUUUGUUCUGCUGGGGUUGCUUCUAUCAGCUUCCUCUGAUCUACUUAAACAUCAAAGAAUGUCCGGUUUGUGAUGGAGAAGUGACUGACACCGAGGUGAUUCCGAUUUACGGUAAUGGAGAUGAUUCCUCUGAUCAUAAUACUACUAAACCUAAGCUUGAGGAUUGUGGUAUUUUGUUACCUCCAAGGCCUAAUGCUAAAAGAGUGGAAAGCGUUCGUCAAAAGAUAUUAAACCGUUCGAUUCCUUUGAUCCCUGCGCAUGAAACACUCGAGCAUAUCAGAAGAACUAUUGAUUCUAUAGGACUACAAGCUUUAGCGCAAGGAGAUGAAUUCGGUCUCACCAACAUUAUAACCAAUGGUGUGCAGCAACAUCAUCCAUCUUUUGGACCUUUGAGGUUAUUGCCUCCUCAUUUGCCAUCACCGUAUGCUUCUUUCCCGGGUCUUGUAGUCGAUACCUCGGAGAUGUCGCCUUUUGUUGAUGAUGAUGUUGUUGCUUUUGAUGUUGAUAGCUUUGUUGACACAACUAGUUUGAGGAGAAACCGUCGUAGAUCCUCUCGUAUUGCUGAGAUUGGUCCUUCACCUGCGGUACGAGCUUCUAUUCAGAGAAACAGAAGUAACAAUGCCUCACAGACGAUUUCUUUCAGGCUCGGAUCUGCUGGUUCAUCAUCACCUAGUGAGUUUGCUGUUCCUGGCUCCUCCAUUGCGACGAGAAGCCAAAGCGUUAAUCCUACUGAAGCUGUUACAUUUGCUUCAUCGUCUAGGAGAAGAACAGAAGAUGUAAACAAUGGGCCUCGGACUAGGUCUAGAAGGAGGCUGAGGUAAAAUGAAAUAUCGUCUCCGGAAUCUUGAAGCACCGUCGAUUUGAAUCUCCGUCAUUGCAAAGCUCAUGUGACCUUGUCUUGUUUCCUCCUUAGAAUUGUCUGAAUAUGUACAUUCUUGUGUACUUGUAAUUUCUGCUAGCCUCUGAGACUUUGGAUAUCAUAAUUUUGGUUUUUCUUUGAGGAAAAUAAAUUAAUUUUAUUU